CAGCGUCAGACGUCCGUGAUCUGCGGCGGGUGUAUAUAAACGGCCCGUGUGGCUGGCAUCCACUCAAAGUGUUUCUUGAAACUGACCGCCAGGACGCGUAACCGAAACUCGAGAUUGUUCCACCAACUAAAAAAUAUUAUCAAAACGAACUUGCUGUUGGCUGUUCAUAAAGAUACAAAAACGUAUCUGUGCGAUACUCAGAACCAAGUGCCCGAACCCACCCCCACAAACGACGCUCUUCAACGCCUUAAAACGACAAAAAGUCUUCAACCAAUCUAAAGAAUGAAGUGCCAACUGCUGUUCGUGGCCACUGUGUGCCUGGUCACUGUCUGGGCGCUGCCUGUGCCCGAUGAGGAGGUGGCCAUACAGCCGGAUGCCGGCUCCAAGGCCGAGCUGCUCGGCAAGACCGUGCAGACCAAUCCCAUUGAGCCAGCACCCUUCAAGCCCGAGCCGGUGAAGUCGCUGGAGCCCAAAAUCGAUGCCAAAACUGUCGCUCCAGCUGCCGCACCCAUUGCCGCUCUUGAGACCUCGUCGAGCACUCCAGCCGCAGCCGCAGCCGCAGAUGCCGAGCCAGCCAAGACAGAGCUCAAGUUGAGUGCAGCCGAUGUGGAAACCGUUCCGGCCAUACCCAUACCCGAGAAGGUCAAUGCCGAGGAGGUCAAGUCGGUUGAGAAGAAGCUGCCAAUUCCAGCUGAGGAGUCCAAGCCCCAGACCCCGAUCCCGGCCCAGCCCCAGCCCCAGCCCAUUGACACUUCGCUGGAGGCGGAGAAGAAACAGGAGAAGGCCGCCCGCACCGAGGAGGAGCCGAUCGAGGCCCCCAAGGCCAUUCCAUUGGUGGAGGCCCCAGCCCCAGUCGCCAACGCCGAGGUACAGAAGCAGAUUGUCGAUGAGGUCAAGUCCCAGGAGCCCCAGAUCGAUGCCAAGUUCGCCGAAGUGCCAGCGGCCAUUGCGGCAGCACCUGCAGCCAUCGACGAUGCUGAGAAUGCUGAGAAGGAAGUGACCGCCGAGAAGCAGCCCGCACGCCAAGAGCGAAUCAGCGAAGUCGAGCAAAAGGACGAGAAGGCUGCUGCCGCUGCUGCUGCAGCUGCACCAGAAGCAUCCCUGGCCCCUGAAGCCCCUGCUGCACCUGCUCUGCCGACCGUCGCUCCAGCAGAGGCUGCCACCAAAUCGGAGACCAACAUCCAGGUGAUUACUCCCACCGCUACUCAGCCAGAGAAGAAAUCGAUUGAGGGCGGAGUGGCCCCAGGUACCAUCACGCCCGCCGCCGCUCCGGCCGCACUGGCUGCCCAGGCCAAGUCAGCCGAGCCCCAGCAGCAGCAGGCCAAGUCUGACGAAGUGGUGAAGACCAUUGCCGAGGUGGCUGCCGAGCCCGCCAAGGAGCAGGAGCAGGAGCAGUCGACUGGAGCCGUUGCCAUUGCCGAUACCGUUGCCAAGACCUUGCCCAAGGAGCAGAACGCAGACAAAGUGCCAGAGGUAGCUGCUGCAGUUGCUGAUGCCAAGAAGAUUGAUGAAGCUCAGCCCAUUGCCGCUGCUGCUGCAGCUCCAUCGGCCCCUCUGGCCCCUCUGGCUCCUGUCGCCGAGCCAAAGAAGUCGUCGGAGGAGAAGUCCGAGUCGAAGAACGAGGAGUCUUCCGAGUCCAAGGAGUCCGAUGAGAGCAGCGAAUCCAAGGAGAAUGUUUCAAACUAGAGACAUAGAGAGAGAGCAAGUGAGGGAGCAAGAGAGAGUGAGAGAGAGACAGAGAGAGAGAAAGAGAGAGAGAGCUUUACACCCUUAAACCUUUAAACCGCAGCAGCGUACCCAACGGUAAUCUACACCUUCCCCUAACCAUUUCCCCCAGUACACCCCUAGACCCAAUCCCCGAGCACCACUGCUACGCAACGUUACGUUACGCAACGUUACGUUACGUUACGUCACGUCACGUCAGCCAGCGCCUUAAUAUUACGAUCGUAGUUAGUGGUAGUUCUUAGUUGUAAACGAGCUAAAGUCGAGAGUGGAAUAGAGUGGAAUAGAGUGGAGUGGAGUGAAGUGGAGGAGCAAAAGUAAAAGCAGAACACACACACACACACACACACAACAAAACCAUAAAUAUGAAGAUCCAUAAUCCAUAGCAGACUUAUGGGAUUAAACAUAAAACAUUAAACAUCCCAUCCCCCCCUCCCCCUACCCAGGCAUCAAAGUGAAGAUCGGAACAUUGGAAUCCGCACACAAUAGAAUGGAAUGAAGUGCAAGGCAAGGCAAGGAAUGCAUGGAAUGGAACAUACAAAAUAGCAAUAAAAAAUAAACAAACAAAAAAAAAAACAAAACAAAACAAAAAAAAAACAGGACAAACCGCUAAGAUGGCAUAAAGUUAUACUUAUAAA